AUGAAUGACAAAAAUAGAAAUCGUUUCCUAGCAUUCCCGAAAGCAGAAUGUCCUACUUCUGAAAUGAUAAGUGUUUUCUCAAGUAUAGAAAUACAAUCAACGAUAGUAUCUCGGGGCUUUUUAUCACAGACCAAAGCAUGGGAAAAAAAUAAGAAAAGAAAGCGUGGGUGGGUCGUCAAUAACAGUAAUGUUUGCGAUAAUCUUUAUUGGAUCUUUGAUGUGAAUUCUCAAAAGGACCAUAAACUCGUUGGCCUCAAAACUGAUUACAGAACUCAUUACAUAUGUUGA